UGCGAUGUGCGUGAAAUCGUAGCAGCCUUCAGGAUUUUACUUCAUUGAAACUAAUCGGCAAUGUUUCAUUGAUUCAGUAAAAAUGUAUGUUACAAAUAUGUUUAUCGUGACAUUGUUAGUGCUGGUGAGUGUUGUUAGUGGGGAAGUGAACUCCACGGAGGGUGUGAGAGCUUCUCGCAUGGCGUGGAUGAAGGGUCUGCUGGAGCACCACGACUGGAUUAAUAUUUUGAACGGGAAUCAUUCUCUGCCGGAGAAGUGUGAAACUGAUUUGAGGCAGUACAUCACUGCUUUGAAUCAAGGACUGCUAUGGGCUUCUAAAAUUUACGAUGCAUCGGGUCAGUACACUCCGAAUUUAUUGUUUGGAAACGAGUACUGGUUGGGAUCGCAGAACGCGUGUCGCGAUCUGCAGCUCAAACAGUACUAUGCGCAGACACCGCCGUUUCCGACAACGUUCUACGUGGCGAAGAUAAACCUUACCGUUGACGCAGACCAUGUGCCGCAGACAAGGCCGAUGCUAGUCGGUCAAUGCGUGCCAGCAUCCUGCAGCAAAGAUGCAUUGAAGACACUAUUAGACUUGUCUGAGGCGUUGAUUGCCGCCCGUGCCUCCGCCGUCGGUAUCGACGCCUCCUUCACCACUCUCUACGUGCGGCCCGUGCCAGGCUCCUAUGACAUACUAUAUGAUCCUAAAUUUCACAUACUUGGGGCUGCAAUGCUAGUUGUGGUGAUAUGGAUGAUGGUUGCUUCAGUCUACGAAGGCUAUCUGGAACGUCGCUAUCGUCUAAAGGAAGAGGAAGACUUGGAACUUGCCAACAACAAUCAUAAGCCCACUUCAAAUAAUAACACAAACGAUGAUGAAAAAGUAUCAGACGAAGAUAAUAAAGAUAAAGAUAUUCGUCGAGAAACUUGUGGGAUGUGGGCCGAGAUCCUACUAUCAUUUUCUAUUCUCUCCAACGGAAGAGCGAUUCUUGGCACCCAAAAGCCUAACGACGGUGCUUUGACGUGUUUGCACGGUAUGAGAUUUAUGUCAGUGCUGUGGGUUAUUAUGGUACAUACCUACUUGACCAUUUUCUACAUCGCUGAUAAUAAAACAAUGAGAGUUGUGACUGAGCGGAAUUUCCUUUACCAAUCAGUUGGCAAUGCCUCUUAUUGUGUUGACACUUUCUUCUUUAUAAGCGGACUUCUCGUUACCGUUUUAUUUUUGAGGACGGAAGAUAAAAAAUCAAGUAGAAAAUUAAAUAAAAAGCCAGAACGUGCCGAUAAGGACAUAAACAAGAAUCUAAACGGUUACACGAAUUCAGCAUUAUCGGUCUCUGUUAUAAGCCAAGAAACGUUCUACGAAGAUUUACUUGAUAAGCCAACAGCUAAGGGUUACUCCAAACAGGAGAUUCUCAGGAUGACGAAAUCGUUUUUCGUGCUAUUUCUGUACCGAGUCGUAAGAUUGACUCCAGCUUAUGCGUUUGUUAUUGGACUAAACGAAUUAGCUCUCCGGUACACUCACGAUCACACGGUGUUCGAACCCGCUAUUUUCGAUCACAUCAAUUGCGACCUCUACUGGUGGCGCAACUUGUUAUAUAUUAAUAAUUUGUUCCCGCAAAAGGACAUGUGUAUGGUGUGGUCUUGGUAUAUGGCAAACGACACGCAAUUUUAUGUUAUUGGUAUUAUAUUAUUAUUAAUAUCUGUAAAACAUAUAAGGUUCGCAAUGGUAUCGCUGAUCCUGGUGAUGGUUAGUUCCUGGGCAACCACUAUCUACGUAUCAGUAUGGCACCAAUACAAAGCUCGUAUACAGGAACCCUUCGAAAUGUUCGAUCCCCUUUAUGACAAACCAUGGUCAAGAAUCGGACCGUAUUUGGUCGGAAUGAUGGUAGGAUGGUACCUACAUAAAACUAAGUGUCAAGUGAAAAUUCCGUACUGGCUCGUAGCGGUUGGCUGGCCUACAGCGAUGGUCAUAAUCACUAGCUUGAUCUUCGGCAUGGUGGACGGGUACUUUGAAGUAUGGCCAACAGCAUUUUACGUAAGCGUUGGGCACACAGGAUGGGCAGUAGCUUUAGCGUGGAUAUCCGUCGCGUGUUGCUGCGGCUACGGUGGGCUGAUCAACUCGGCGCUCUCGUACCAAGGCCUGUUGCCUCUGAGCCGACUUACUUACUGCGCCUACCUCGUUCACCCCACCAUCAUGAUGUACACCUCUUUCCUACUCGACGGCCCAUUACACUUGCAAAAUUCUAUGGUUCUAACAAUAUAUGCCGGUUACGCGGUAAUGGCUUUUCUGGCUUCGUUCGCCAUUUCACUAGCAUUCGAAGCACCAGCAGUUCGCCUACUGAAAAUCAUCAGCGCUGGAGACAGAAGUAAAAAAUCCGUUGAUUAAUCACAUAAAAAUUAAGUAGCACAAUUAUUAAACGUUAAAUACGGGCCUUAUUUAAAACAUAUUUGUCUUUAUCUUACUUGAUAAACUGAUAUUAGUAUGACAGAGACAAUAUAUUGUUUAACAUUUUCAUCGUUGCAAUGUUUAUUAAUAUGUGCAAAGGAUGAGCGGCGUUCGACUCUGAACUAUGUAGUUCCAGGGAAUUCCAGAACAUAGUAUUUCCCUGACGAUAAAACGUUGUCUCUCCGUAAGAGCUUUAUUUAGUUAUAGUAGUUAUUUAAACACCGCGAACAAUGUUAUGCGUACCAUUAAAUACUUAUGUUUAAGAUAAUAAUGUGAGUCAUAUUUAGUUACCAUAUUUCGCCAGAGAUAAUAAAAAUAAAUAAUAAGAAACAUUUAUUGUCUUAAUUAUAAAAGGAUUUGUGGAAUAAUAUUUAUAUAAUUAAAACUUGAUAUGAAAUAUAACAAACAAUAGACCUACCCUCAUGGUGAUAGAAGCUUCGGUUUUGUGUAAACACGGCGCAUUAUAAAUGUAGAAAUAUUUAAAAUAUAGUAAUGUACAACUUAUAUUCUAAAAUUGAUUUGAUUCUAUGUAUUUGUUCAGGCCUCAUGUGUAACUUGUGUUGCGAAGAUGUGUGUAUUUUGGUCCUAUGCAUACAUGCGAUAUAAAACGAUAUUAGAUACUUGCUUGUAAACAUAAUAAAGAUUUAUUUCGAGGCAAAAUUCUAUUAAUUAUAGUUAUUUUACUUCUCAAAUAUAUAACAAGAACUUUGCUCACUAUAAAUAUAUUUAUAUAAUAAAUAAUUCAUAGAUUUAAGAAACAGAGUUACCAUUAGAUAAAUAUUAUGAUUUACUUCGAUAUUGCACAUAAAUUACUUCGAACCCGUACUACUAAGUACAUACAAGGUGUGUUACCUGGGUUUCCAUUACCAAAACUCAUCGCGUUAAACAAACGAACUUGAGUUGACUCAGACCGACAACUUUGACCUAUUAAAUAAUGAAAGCUUCAAGAGCAAGUUAUUAGAAGUUAGUUUGUUGAUACGGUCAUUAAAUGUUACUAUACGCUAAUAUAAACUUCGAUUUUAUUAUUCGCAUUAAGUUAGAACCCUUGAAUUUG